CAGAGGGAGGAGGAGGAGGUGGAUGGUAAGAACGAGGGGCAGAGGAGGCGCGCCACAGAGGGAGUGGUGGACAUCACAAAGCUCUGCCUGAUGGAGAUGAACGAGGAGGAACUGGCCGUCACACUGGGGGACAGAUCUGCUGCUUUCAGGUGCCAACGCAAAAUUAAGUCUUGUUUGAAGAAGAAAUUCAAGUAUGUGUCUGAGGGUAUCGCUAAAGAAGGACAGCAAACAUGUCUGAAUGACUUCUACACAGAGCUCUUCAUCACAGAGAGAGGCAGUGGAGAGGUCAACAAGGAACAUGAGGUCAGACUGAUUGAAACAGCUUCCAGGAGACUGGCCAAGGAGGAAACACCAAUAAAAUGUGAAGACAUCUUUAAACCCUUACCUGAUCAAGAUCAUCCAAUCAGAACAAUUAUGACAACUGGAGUGGCCGGCAUUGGUAAAACCGUCUUAACACACAAGUUCACUCUGGACUGGGCCGGAGGCAAAGCCAACCACGACAUACACUUCACAUUUCUCUUAACUUUCAGAGAGCUGAAUUUUCUGAAAGGGAAAGAGUUAAGCUUGGUUGAACUUCUUCAGCACUUCUUUAUUGAGACCAAAGAAGCAGGAAUCUGCAGAUUUGACCUGUUCCAAGUUAUCUUCAUCUUGGAUGGUCUGGAUGAGUGUCGACUUCCUCUGGACUUCCAGAAUAACCAGACCUGGACUGAUGUCACAAAGCCAACCUCGGUGGACAUGCUGCUGACAAACCUCAUCAGUGGCGACCUGCUUCCCUCCGCCCGCAUCUGGAUAACCACACGCCCUGCAGCAGCCAAUCUGAUCCCUGCUGAGUGUGUUGACAUGGUGACGGAGGUGAGAGGGUUCAACAACCCACAGAAGGAGGAGUACUUCAGGAAGAGAUUCAGGGAGGAGAAUCUGGCCAGCGCAAUUAUCUCCCACGUCAAGAAAUCAAGAAGCCUCCACAUCAUGUGUCACAUCCCAGUCUUCUGUUGGAUCACUGCUACAGUUCUGGAGGACAUCUUCAAAACAUCUAAAAGAGGAGAAGAGAUGCCCAAGACCAUGACUCAGAUGUACAGCCACUUCCUGAGGGUUCAGUCCAUACAGGGGGGCAGGAAGUAUCAUGGGAAACCUGAAACAGAUUCACACUGGAGUUCAGAGAGCAGGAAGAUCAUUGUUUCUUUGGGAAAACUGGCUUUUAACCAGCUGGAGAAAGGCAACCUGAUCUUCUACGAGGCAGACCUGGCAGAGUGUGACAUCAAUAUCAAAUCAGCUUCAGAGUACACUGGAGUGUUCACCCAGAUCUUUAAAGAGGAGUUUGGGGUGUACCGGGAAAGUGUGUUUUGCUUUGUCCAUCUGAGCAUCCAGGAGUUUCUGGCUGCCCUUUAUGUCUUUCUGUCCUUCAUCAACACGGGGGUCAAUCUGCUCUCAGAAGAAGCAUCAACCUCUGGUGAAGAUAAACUCCUCCAUCUCUACCAGCAUGCUGUGGACAAGGCCUUACAGAGUGAGAACGGACACCUGGACUUGUUCCUCCGCUUCCUCCUGGGCCUCUCUGAGGAGACCAAUCAGAUUGUCCUACUAGGUCUGCUGGGACAGACAGGAACUAGCUCACUGACCAAUAAGGGAACUUACAUCACAUUAGUUUCUUACAUCAAGAAGAAGAUAAAUGGAGAUCUCUCUCCAGAGAGAAGCAUCAACCUGUUCUAUUGUCUAAAUGAGCUGAACGACCGUUCUCUAGUGGAGGAGAUCCAACAGUACCUGACAUCAGGAAGUCUCUCAAGAGAAUCUCUCUCCCCUGCUCAGUGGUCUGCUCUGGUCUUCAUCCUACUGACAUCAGAAGAGGAGCUGGACGAGUUUGACCUGAAGAAAUACUCUGCCUCAGAGGAAGGUCUUCUGAGGCUGUUGCCAGUGGUCAAAGCCUCCAAAAUAUCUCUGCUGAAUGGCUGUCAUCUGUCAGAGAGAUGCUGUGAAGCUCUGGCCUCAGUUCUCAGCUCCAACUCCUCUAGUCUGAGAGAGCUGGACCUGAGUACCAAUGAUCUGCAGAAUUCAGGAGUGAAGCUGCUCUCUGCUGGACUGAGGAGUCCACACUGUACACUGGAAACUCUCAGGUUAAAUGGCUGUAAACUGUCAGAGAGAUGCUGUGAAUCUCUGGCCUCAGUUCUCAGCUCCAACUGCUCUAGUCUGAGAGACCUGGACCUGAGUUCCAAUGAUCUGCACGAUUCAGGAGUUAAGCUGCUCUCUGCUGGACUGAGGAGUCCACACUGUACACUGGAAACUCUCAGGUCAGUUAUCAGCCUCUUCUUCAAACAAGUGCUGCUCAUGUUCUCUCUGGAGUACCUGAAGAACCAGCCGGCUCGCGUGUCUGCCAACACAGAGAUCACCUCCAUGAGUGGCUACCUCAGCGGGUCAAAGGGCAGCAAGAAGCAGUGGAAGAGACUGUGGUUCGUCAUCAAGGACAAAGUGCUAUACACCUACGCUGACGUGGCGGCGCUGGAGAGCCAGCCCCUGCUGGGGUUCUUCCUGAGGGAGGAGAAGUAUGGCCCUGCCCAACGGCAGCAGUUCAAACUGUACCAUAAAAACACCAUGUUUUACAUCUUCAAGGCCGACGACAUCCCCACCGCACAGAGGAGGGACUCCGGGCUCCCGUCCAGCACGCACCCCUCGGACCCCUCGCCCCUCUCGGACCCCUUGGACCCCUGGGACCCCUCGGACCCCGCGGAUCCCUCGCACCCCUGGGACCCCUCGCGCCCCUCGGGCUCCUCGCGCCCCUUGGACCUCCCGGGGCCCUCGGAUCCCUCGGACCCCUCGCGCCCCUCGGACCCCUCGGACCCCCCGGACCCCCUCGGACCCCCCGGACCCCUCGGACCCCCUCGGGCCUCUGGGACCCCUCGGACCCCUCGGACCCCCUCGGACCCCUGGGACCCCUCGGACCCCCCGGACCCCUCGGACCCCGUGGACCGCCAUGCGAGGAACACCACAGCUUUCUGUUUCUGUCCUCAUCACAUCCGUGUCUGUCACUGCUUCAGAAGGCCGCGGUGGUCGGUGGAGCUCCGAAGCGCCUUGGUGUUUAUUGUCCAGGUCAGCUCCUCCUGA